GUUACUGUUGAAAAAAAAGAAAAUAUUUCAAGCAUCAAAGCCCAAACUUUUCCCUCUUCUUUUUAUUACUCAUUGAAAUUUUCUUGAUUGUCAUUUUUAAAAACCAGGGGGGCUUAAAUUUGUUUUGCUUAUUCCCAACUAUGCAUUAUUUUUUGCUGGUAUGAUUUGCUCAUCAGAACCUUCAUUUGUUGAAAUGAUUAUGUCAGGCAAAAGGAUAUUUUGCACAGUGGGGAAAUGGAAGUGGAUCAAUUAUUUUGUUGAAAAGAGGAACUUUCUCCUGGCACCAUCAACCAUGACUAAGGAAGAUGGUGUCCAGCAAUUCUGGUGUAAGCAUGAUCACAUUCUGAAAGGGAUAAUGCAACAUGUGACCAUGAGUGUGUCAACUCCUUUAUUGCUGAGACAAAUUUGCCACCUGAGCCAGGGUUUCAAGAUAAAGAAAAGCAGUCAACAUAUACUUCCAGCCAGGAACAUAUUUGGGGGCAUGAGGUGAGUGGACCAAUGAGAUGGAAUAAAUGUGUGUGGGAAGUGAAGCCACAUUGCCUGUGAUUUUAUCCUCCUUCCACUUGUCAUGUGUUCUGUGGUUGGAAAGCUGAGGAAAAUUCAGGAUGAGCUUUCUGUUAUUGGACCUGGUUGUGGGGAUCUUCCUCAUCAUCUACUACAUUUUGGAGUCAUGGGUCCUGUUUUUCAUCCCCAAGAGCCUGAGGAUGAAGGAAAUUGCUGGACAAGUGGCCUUGGUCACUGGAGGUGGCUCAGGGAUGGGCAGACUCUUGUGCUUGGAACUGGCCAAGAAGGGCUGCAGAAUUGUCACUUGGGACAUUGAUGAAGAAGGUAACAAUGAAACUGUGAGAUUGCUGAGAGCAUACCAUGAGUCAUCUUCUGUCAAUAAGAAGCAUGGGUUGGAAAGAGCAAUAAAUGUGGACAGUAUGGUGUAUGGGUUCAAGGUGGACCUGUGCAAAAGGGAUGAUGUGUUCAGGGUGGCCCAGUUGGUGCAGAAGGAAGUUGGCACAGUUGACAUCCUCAUCAACAAUGCUGGUGUAGUGUCUGGCAAGUCCUUCUUGUCCACCUCUGACCAGCAGAACAUUCUGACUAUGAAUGUCAAUGCCAUUUGUCAUUUUUGG